UCUAAAAAUGUUGUGUAUACUGUGUACUUUCAUGUACCAAAAUCUGUCAAGCUGCAAUAAUAAGUCUGCAUUAUAUUGAAAUGGUUAACUAAACGUGCUUAAAACCCUUUCUGUAGUUAGUUUUUGUUCAGUAGUGUUCUUUGUUCGACAUUUUAGCUUGUUUGGACGUUACAGUGUUUAUCACUUGGACUUACGAAUGCAGUGUAAUUGAUAAAGCAUUUUCCAUUCAGUGUUAAUUGGCCACACGUUAAUAAUUCAAGAAUCAGUUUCAUUGAAGUGGUGAAGGUGAUAUAUCAACAGUCGUCAAUGCGAAGCGGGGCGCUAGCGGCAAUGGAGGCCGAGCCUGACCUCAGCACCUUCGAGAACAAGUCCGGGCUGGCUGAGGACAUGAAGUUCCUCGCUUCCAUGCCCGAACUCUGUGACGUCACCUUCCUAGUUGGGGAUACUAGGGAGCCAGUAUGUGCCGUUAAAGCCGUACUAGCAGCCCGGAGCAGAGUGUUCCAAAAGAUGCUAUACCAAGCUCCAAGCCCCCAACGCAAGAAGGAACCGGCACCAAGGGAGAACAAGCUACGACUCUUCUUAAAAAGAUCUUCAGAACCCCUUCUCAAUCUCCAGAACGCUGCCCAACAGAGGUCGACUUUCGCGCAGCAAUUGGCACCAAUACAAGAGCCAUCUUCGCAGCAGCAUCAAACUCUGAUCAUUGAAGAGUUUGAGCCCGACGUAUUUCGUCAAUUGAUCGAGUACAUUCACACGGGUUGCGUGACUCUCCAACCAAGAACAUUGCUCGGAGUAAUGAAUGCUGCUGACUACUACGGCUUGGACGAGCUGCGGCGCGCAUGCGCGGGCUUCGUGCAAUGCUGCAUCACUGUAGACACCGUGUGCGCGCUGCUUGCCUCAGCUGAGAGAUACAUACAGUACAAGUGCACCAAGUCACUUGUGCAGAAGGUAUUGGAAUUUGUAGACGAGCAUGGUAAUGAAGUGCUGAAUCUCGGAUCUUUCACGCUGCUGCCCCAACACGUUGUGAGGCUGAUACUGGCGCGAGAUGAGCUGAGAGCUGAUGAAUUUACUAAGUUCCAGGCAGCUUUGAUGUGGAGCAAAAAGUAUUGCGACACCAACCAGAACAUGAAUUUGAAAGAAGUGAUUGGAAACUUUCUGGAGUACAUCCAAUUCCACAAGAUCCCUGCUAACGUGCUGAUGAGAGAAGUUCACCCCCUCGGCCUGGUUCCAUACUCCAUCAUAAUGAACGCGCUGGCAUACCAGGCAGACCCGGCCAGCGUAGAUCCAGGCAAACUCUCCCCAGCGCGAGUCCGACGCGCUGGUCGCUCCAUGUCCGUGCAGUCUUCGCUUGAUCCCUACGGAUCCAACACCACCCUCUCCUCCACCGGCUCGAGCGAUGUUCCGUCGUCGGACUCUCGGCACAACUAACGCGAGGGGAACCUCCCCCGUCCUCCUCCCGAACCCACCCCUGGCCCUUCCUCAGCUCCUGUUGUACCCAUUCCCAUACCCGCAACGGACAAGCCUCCGGAGAAACUCGGACUUUUCUCCUCCAUCAAGCGUGCUGCUAGUAAGAAGUUCGGUGAUCGACGCUCUCCUACACCAAAAACAAGAGAGCCCCGAUCAAAGUCGGAUUCUAUCAAGCACGCAGCUCUGACAAGACAAGUCUCCGAAACGGUGGGAGCGUCAGGAGACCCUACGUUCGAGCGCUGUAGGCCGAGGAAGCGUGACAGUGAAACAGAGUUUCCCGUCCGCAAGUCCACUUCAGAGUUAUCUGAGAGUUUUCCGUUUGUGAGGCGUGCUCUAGCUGAGAUAGAAAAUGGACUUAACUAUUUUAGAAGAUCGAUUGCGUCAGAUACUUCUGAACCGAAGCCUCCAUUGUUAAGGACUGAGCCAGUGGUCGUAGUUGCAGCGGCUGAGGAAGAUGAGGCGCCUAUGUCGCCACCACCGCCGAUGGGUUUGAAGGAACGUCGAGGUUCUCGUGGAUCGCCGUGUGCUAAUCUUCCACCUUUAAUGUUACCGCCUGCUACUCCUGAGCCAUCACCCGGACGUUUGACUCCAAAUAGACUGUCCCCGCAAAGACCAAAAGAGCCAAUAUCGGCUCCAGUGAUGCGGAAUCUUCCACCACCGCGACGCACGAGGACUCGAUCUGAGAUGCCACCUGAACCUCCUCCGCGUUCUCCUCAGACUCCUCGUCCAGCGUCUGUGUCUCCAAAACAUACUUUUGCAUUCAAAAUAGUACUGAAAAAAGUAGAGAGCACUCCAAAUACAUCAUUUGAUAAGCCAGACCAAUGAGAGUACCUCCUCUAAGCGCGGCCGUUGUUAUACGGUGGGGUACUCGAGGUAAAGACGCGCUUUUCUCCGUUUUCUAGAAACAGCUAGCAUAGAUUAGUUAGCGGCGAUGACGAAGACACGCCAACGAAUAUUGUAUUACAAUCAAUGACGCUUCGGAAACUUCUUCGUAUUCUUAUGAAUUCAGGGGCUGGUCCUCUGGUUGGUACGUCGACAUUGUGUGUCGGACUUCUGACUGUAAAAUAAGUUAAAAGUAUUGAAAUUUAUAUGGUUCAUAUACUUGUUGUUAAAAUAAUACACGAUGAAAAUUUAUUCAUGAGUGCGUUUGUGUGAUGUAUAUGACUAGUGAGUAAAACUUCUUGUGAAGAAAAUAUUUUGUGCGAAAUGUAUGUUUAACGAUAAGCCUUUUAAUAUGUUUUUCGAUAAAUUCCAACCACAAUGAUGUUCACAAAAUACUUAAAUAUCCUUUUUGUCAUGAAUGUGUGUUUAUGGAAUUCUUUAACUAUGUAUGUCUGGUGAAAAAACUACACUUAAUAAUAUAUAAUACGUAUGCUAUGUACUUUUAUACGAUCACUGACAUAUAAAUGGGCAGUCUAAAUGUAUUUUCGAUGUUAUACAAAUUGUCUGACGUGAAAGUAUUUUUAUAAUAUUGUAUAUAGAUGGAGAUGUUUGUUGUUACUUCGAUAGCAGUUUUAAACUUAUGAUAAUCUUCUUUUAAAAGGGUAAAGGGAUCUCGUUCGUUAUUCUUGAACCUACCAUGGAUUUGGGAUAUAAUUCUAAGUCCAUACUUAUACUUAAAAUCCUUUGCUCUAUAGUUGAAGAGAUUUUACUUAUCCUGACUGAAGUAUGGAGCUCUUCUAUAUAAUUUAGUCUCACAUGUAACCAAUGCUUCAUAUGGUCUUGGUAAUGUUUGACUGCUAGCGUUUCUUUAAUAUAUUUUCUUCAGUAAACUUUCUUCUUUCUAGUAGUAGGUUACCUUGUUCUGGUUGGGAGGACAAGGAUGCCUAUUUAUUAUUUUUAAUACCUUUUAAAACUUCUCUUGCCUUCUACAUAGUAUGUAUUAUUAUAUUCAGUGUAAAAUCAAAUCAACUUUUUUUUAUUAAGAGCAGUUUGAGCUACAUGGACAUUAUUUUAGUGCGUUUCGUAUUUUGAUUCGUGAUCUUAAGAUUGGAGAUGGUGAUAAUAAACUGUAUGUUUAUAUUAUAUUCCAUAACGAUACCCUUUGCACAUUAUUUUUGAAAAUAGAUAGAAACAAAUCCAUAAUAUGUUCAGACAUACUGAUGUAAUAAAUAUCACAGAAUAGUUUAAGAUAUUGCAAACUUAUCUCGAUGUUAUUUCUGUGACCUUCGUGAAAAAGGAUCUAAGUCCAAAAAUGCAACUUUACAAACGCAAAAACGUUGCUUCUUUGACAUAGUAUCGCUUCUCGAUAAAAUGCAUAUAAUGUUUUUUAUAGGUAAACAGUUUGAAUGAAUGAAUGAAUAAUUAAAUUAAUUUCGACAAAAGUGGAAUACUGUAGGAUGCGCACGACGUCGCCUUAUCUGCACACGCUACUUAUGGAAAGUCCCUGUGUGAGUCGAAACUUGUAGAGCUUUUCUCCAUUAACGUAUGUGAGUAAACCUUGAUUUUCAGUUAGUUUAGUAUGACUCACGACAGUUAUUAUAAAAUAGGACUCAUAUCCUUUUUCACUAAGGCCACAGAUUUGAGCAUUCAUUUAAUAUUCUUUAUAAUAAGCAUUGUAUUUUUAUUGAUAUAUUUAAACACAUUAUAAAGGCACAAUAUUUGUUGUGAUUUGUGUGAAUUGAUCAUUGUCUGUAUUGCCCCAUCCAAAUAGAUAUAAAAAUAUUCUGGCUAUUUAUCAAUGGUGAUAGUUGAAGAAGUACAGCUUUUGUAAUUAAAAAAAUAUUAUAUCUCUGUCGUACUAACGGACUCUGUCGUACUUUUUUUAAGUUCUUUUGUGAAAAUAUUUUACUUUUUGUCAGCUGCAAGACUGUAAACGAGAGCGCGUUCACCGCUCUGAUGGGCCGUGCUCUCGAUCGAAUAAACCAACCAAUCAGAAUGCAAAACUUGAAUCUAGCCAAAUAACUUGGUCAGAUGGUUAGGUCAGUAAACUGUAAAAUAUUAUUAAAUAAAUUAAAUGUCUCACAGAGUUAUCUUCCUACACAAUUGCAUAUCAAAGAUAACAUCAUAAUUUUUUUACUUUUUGCAUAAAAUUACGUGAAAAAAUACUAAUGAAAGGAAGACCAUAGCCAGAAUAAAAAUAAUAUUAAGAUAAAAAAUGUUGUUGUAAUCAUACCCGUGUGUUAUUUUGCCUCUAUCAAUAAAAUAUCAAUGUCUAAUUGUAGGUAGGUAAUUCCCAAUUUUUUAAACAAUUUUAAAUCAGUGUUCUGUGUAAUAUAAGUGAAAUAAUCUAUUGUUGUAGUGUCCAACUAAAAAUUCAUACUUUCUAGGAGAGGUAUUUCCAAAAUGAGGAAAUAAUUUUCAUUUAGUUUUAUUGAGAUAUUAUAGAACACAAAACAAGAAUAUUCUGAGCAUAAACUAAGUAGUAACUACUUCAUAAAGUAGUGAAUUUUAGGAAUCUUUAUAUUAAUGCAUUAUAAAUUAUAAAUAAUAAUAUUGUGGGGAAAACUCAGAUCUUAGAGUUACUAUCAAAGAGGUUAUCUUCAGGAAUUUAUUUAUAAAACUCAUUUCAAUAAAUUCUGUUUUGUUCAAUUUCUCAUGUGUUUUCAAGGGCUACUAUUUAGAACUAUCAGGAGAAAUCAGCUGAAUCAGCCUUAUGUUUUAUGUACAUAUAUUUGAGACAAGCUACUCAUGCAUGGUUUCACCCGCCGCCCAAGUAAUCUUGUUGAUCCUAGCGACGAUGCGUGAUUUUUGAUAGCCUAUAGUCUUCGUUGAUAAAUGUUACACAUAAAUUAUUAUUUAUUUCGAACCAGUAGUUUUUAAGAUCAGCGCGUUCAAAUAAACUCUUCUGCUUUAUAUAUUGAUAAAGGACUGUAUAGAUAAAUGCGGUUUUAUUAUUGCUAGUUUUAGUUGGACACUAAAACAAACAAACUAUGUUAUACCAUAUCGAUGUCGACUGGAAUUGUAUCAAGCUAAAUAUUUGUUGUACGAGAAAUUGUGUUUUUUUUUCUAAAUAAUAUUGUAUGUAUAUAAAAAAUUGGUCAAGAAAAAGAGAAAUCAAUGUUCUUGCAAUAA